AUGGCCGGGCCCGUGCCGAAGCUCCGCGUGGACCUGGCUCAAGCGGCCGAGCUGGAAGAGCUGCACCUCGCUCACAAGGGAGGCAGGAAGUGGCGGCCUGAGCAGCUGAGGCAACUCCAACCUGGAUUCUCGCCGGAGUUUCUGCGGCACUACUGCGACACUCAGGACCUCGACUUGGAGCAGGUCACGUACCUGGAGAUUCAGGCAGAUGAGCCUCAGAGUCGUAGCGGCACACGGCGUCUCAUCACACCGGAGCUGGGAGCUCUGACUGGGCUCCGCACAGUGGAUUCUGCCACGCAGAGCCUCGAGCUCCUCGGGGAACACCUGCCCAAGCUUCGCCAGCUCAAGCUGACGGACCCGUCCAGCGUGCUCAGCCUGCGAGACUUAGGCUCCAGCCUGAAGCACCUGGAGAUCCUCUGGCUCAGCCGCUGUGGGCUCCAGGACCUGGGUGGGGCCUCCGCUCUACUCCCGGGCCUCAGGGAGCUCUAUCUGUCCUUCAAUGAUGUGGUCGCUGCUCGUUUGCAUCAGCCUGAUGCGACGCCCCUCAGCGGGUGUGAGCGGUUGGAAGUUCUCGACCUUGAGGGCAAUGCCAUCGCCGACGAAGAGGAUGUACGAGCGCUGGGCAGCUGCUCCCACCUUCGAGAGCUGAAUCUGGGAGGCAACCCUGUCUAUCGGGCCUCCUGCAAGGCUGGCGCUCUCACGCGGGAUCGGGUGAUCGAGCUGCUUCCGAAUCUGGAGGUGCUGGACGAUCUCCCGACCAAGGCGAGCUUGGUGCCUCGAUCAUUUGACUGCAUGGACUCAGAUGUGGAUGACCCUUCGGAUGUGAACUUUCUCAGCCGGGGCACGGAAGUUCCAGCAAGCGAGCUGGAAGAGGGCAGGGACCUGGGCAGUGACGAUGACCAGGAUGAGCAGGAGCCACAGCACCCGCUGCUGGUGGCGGGCUUUGCUGACAGGCGCGCAGCAGGUCAGAGCCCAGACCCUUUUGCCGGCGAGCCGGACGAGACGGAGCUCAUCCUUGAGCAGCUCAAGCGUGCGAGGAGGAGGGCCCAAGGCCACGCCUUCACCGCCCGCCCCGCCUUUGGCUCCGCUCCCUCUGCCGGCUUCGGCAUCCACCUGCCUAGCCGGAGGAUGAAGACGGCGGAGAACCAGGAGGGCUUCCGACCGGCAACGGCCUCGAACUCGCGACUGCGAUUUGAGGACAUGAUGCCAACAGACUCGGCCAGCGAUCUCACCUGCGGAGAGACGCUCGCUGGGAACCCUCUGCGAGCACUUCGCCAGCGUCAUCCCUCGGGAGCGAGCACCGCCCGGGAGGCAGGCAUGGACAUUCGGGAGCUGCUUCAGCGCUACCAGACGUAUACGUGGCAGUGCUCCACCUUCCCACCAGAGCUUCUGCGGCUUUUUACUGCUCUGGCUUCUCUCUCCCGGAACCAAGGUCUCCGAGCUCACGCCGUCGCCCUCGCCAAAGUCCCCGCGGAGGCCGACGUCCCCUCCGAAGUCGCCAGUGCGGCCGUCCGGGAGCCGGAAAGGCCGGCCGCCCCUGCCACGGAGCACCUCGGCUUCGGCCUUUGA